AUGGCUCCAAAGGCCAACCUCAGCCCCAUCCUCCCUACACACUCGCCAUCGAGCCCGGUGGGGACGCCUGCCAGCCUCUUCAACGCGGAAAUCCACAGCUCCAAGACGCGGGACCGCUCGCCUCAGCGCACGUUUGGCGACGACCACAACGGAGGCAGUGACCAUGCAUACUACGAGGAGAAGGCAGGAUCCAUCGAUCUGUCAGACACGAGGCAGCCCAAGCGCAUAAACCUCAAGGCGGCGACUAUCGUGCCUAUUUGGAUCGCCCUCUCCUCGGCGGUCAUCAUCUACAACAAGUACCUGUACUCGAACCUCGACUUUCCCUAUCCCGUCUUCCUCACCUCGUACCACUUGGGAAUGGCUGCGCUCGGCACGCGCGUCCUUCGGUUGACCACCAACCUCAUGGAUGGGCUCGACCGCAUCCCCAUGACUAGGGAGGUCUACUUCAAGUCCAUUGUCCCCAUCGGCAUUCUGUUCUCUGGAUCGCUGAUUCUGAGUAACUCGGCGUACUUGACCGUGUCCUUUAUCCAGAUGCUCAAGGCCUUUACGCCAGUCUCGAUUGUCCUCAUUUCAGCAGCGUUCAAGAUCCAGCCCCUCAACACCAAGCUCUUGGCGAUCGUGGUUCUCAUCUCCCUGGGUUGCGCUCUCGCUGCAUACGGCGAGAUGCACUUUGAGCUUAUGGGCUUCCUCUUCCAGACCAGCGCUGUUGCCUUUGAAUCGUCACGCCUCGUCAUGAUCGAAAUCCUCCUCCAGGGACUCAAGAUGGACCCACUCUGCUCGCUGCACUACUACGCGCCCGUGUGUGCCAUCAUCAACGCGUGCUUCCUGCCCUUCACCGAGGGCUGGGCGCCCUUCCUGGAGCUCCCGCGCAUCGGCUUCUUUGUCAUGUCGACCAACGCGAUGGUGGCGUUCGGCCUCAACGUCGCCGCCGUGUUCCUCAUCGGCGCUGCAGGCGGCCUCGUGCUCACCCUUGCGGGAGUCUUCAAGGACAUUCUCCUCAUCACCUCGAGCGUGCUCUUCUUCGCGAGCACCGUCACCCCCGUCCAGGUCUUUGGCUACGUCCUGGCUCUCAGCGGUCUUGUCAUUUACAAGAACCUCCCCAAGCCGUCCAAGAAGUAG